CGCGGAAAGUAUCGCUAAUCGAAGGCACUCGCGACGCGAAGGGGCAGCAGAGCGGCAGGAGCGACUGCGCGAGGCGCCGUGUGCUGCUUUGGGCGCUUAAAAUGAAAGCAACCUCUGUUUCACACGGACUGAACUCCACAGUGGAUAAAAGGAUGUGAGUCCCUCCCAUCUUCACUUUUCCUGGGAUGAGUCCAGCUCCACUGGCUUGUGAACGUGACAGUGAUGGAUGAAAUGAUGGAGGAGUCAAGGGGGCAGACGGUGAGUGGACAGGAGACCAAUCCUGGUUUGUUGGACGACGUGGUCCAAGUCAGUGUUGACACAGACGGGAUUGUCGUGGAAUUAGAGGAUGCUGAGGAUGACCCACCUCCCGAUUGGCUGGAACCAUUGGAGGAGGACUAUGUUGAGGAUGGCAAAGAAGGCAUGGAGAGUGAAAAGAGCACUCAAACAAGAGCCAAAAGGGGAGGAUGGCGGAAAGGAAGGAGGCGGAAGGUGGUUUUGGAUGAUGGGUGGCUGGACUGCCCUGACCUGGGCAAAGGCUGGAAGCAAAAAGUGAUCUUCCUCCGCACAGGCCCUGCCGUGGGCAGAAAAAUCAUGCACUACAUGAGUCCAAAGGGCUUCCGAGUCAGGAGUAAGAAAGAACUUAACAGACGUGUCAAGGUUGACUUGACUCACUUUGACUUCAAUCAAGGCAUAUUUGUGGAUGGUGUUAUCACAACAAAGCGUGGAAGGUCCACACGUUCCAGCCUUUCUUCCUCCAAGGCCAACACUCUGAACCAUAACAUUAUCCACACUCCUGACAAAUUGACCAGAACCCCUCAGAAACCCCACCUCACUCCCAACACCCUGGCAGCUAGUGUUGUUACACCUUCACCCUCAAAUGAACCAUACAACAGCCCACCACAGCUCACCCAAGUUUCCCCAGUAGGGCCCCAGGCCCAGCUACCCAGCCUUUCACCUUCUCUAAGAUUGGGUGACCUCUCGCCCCAAAUUCUCAGCCAUUUUACCACUCCUGAAAAAGGCAAGGCUGCACUGCUUGCCCACUCCUGGCUCAAGACCCCUCUGGCCCCUCUAAGCCCAACUGAGACCCCUGAGAGAGACCUAUUCACACAUCCCAGUGCACUUACAAGCUCUCCAGGCUUCCAAAUGCCACUGGACUCUAGCAGAGUGCUCAAUGGAGGGAAUCAAGAGAAUGGUCUCUCUCUUAGUGGCUGUGCAAACUGUGGCUGCAAAUACCCUGGCAUUGGCAGUGGAGAAGAGCUGUGUCCCAAAUGCACAUCGAAGAAGAGGCAGCGUUCUCCUCAUAUUAUCUUUAAAAAGGUGGGGCAAGAUAAGUGGGUGGUUGGGAAAACAAAACCUGAAGGCUUCCUGAAAAAGAAGAUUUCUCCCCUUGGAAAGAAACAUUAUGCUUCGAGCUUGACGGCCAAACGGCUAGAGAAGGAAAAAAUGGAGGAAAUCAAGAAGCAGGACAGUGAGGAUGAUGACGGUGCUGAUGACGAUGACCAAGACUUUGAGCCGAAGAAACGCAAACGGCGGAUGUGUGGUCAGUGUAAGGCCUGCCUCCGUGACCAGGACUGUGGCAAAUGUGAUUUCUGCAUGGACAAGCCCAAAUAUGGCGGGAAAAACAAGAAAAGGCAAAAAUGCCGUUAUCGUCAAUGCCAGUUUCACUCUCGCCUCAAGACUUGGAGAAUAAUGAAAUUCAAAAAGCGUUUCAGCUUGGUUGAUGAGGGCGAAGACAAAAAGGCUGAUGAAAAAGCUGAUGAACUGGAGGUCCGAAAGCACGGCACGCCUCGCAGGAAGCAGAAAAUGAAACGCCGCUCAUGGGACAACGAUUUUACUGACAAUGAAGAUGAUGAUGAUGAUGAUGAUGAUGUUGAUGAUAAUGAGGAUGAAGACCAGCGUCCCAGGAGGAAAGGGCGGCGGGGCAAAGGAAAGAAACGGAGGUACAGUCUCAAACGAGAGGAAGAUGAGGAAGGUGAUGAGAUGGGCGGGCCUGAGAUUGAGGAGGAUGGACUGGACGAUCCAGAGGAGGCCCAGUUUGUGUUAUGUGAUGAUGGCAAUAAUGUUUUUUAUGAAGAGCUUUACCCAAACAGCUACUCUCCCAGUGCACAGAAUGGCACUGUGGACAGUAGCGGUCAGCCAGGCAUGGUGGAGUCCAGCCAGUCUUCUCAGGAUUGGGUCUGCACUGUGGCGGGCUUUCCUGAGGGUUCCCAGGUGCUGGGGUCUGUAAAGCUGAGCAGCAAUGGCACCGUACAGUUCAGCAAUGUGCCGGACAAACCUGCCCAUCUUCAAGUCUCGAACAUCCUUAGCAGUAACGAACAACUGAGUGAGGCUUUGAAUAGGAGCUGGCUAGAUCUGAUCCAGGUGGAGACGACCAUGCCACAGGUCAUCCCAGCACCACAGUUUGCACCAGAGCCUCCAGAUGACCUGCCAUCGAUCACGCAGAUCUACAGCCUGGCGGACAUUAAAGAAAACGGCCCGACCGAGGACCCGGGCCUGCUGGAGCUUCUGAGCUCCCUGCGCCGCACCGUGCUGCCGGCCCACUGGGUAGGUGUGAUGGCCAAAGGUCCACUGCUGCAGCUCUUCCAGUGCUCCAAGCUCUCACCCAUGGCUGACACUGUACUACAGAUCGAGACUGACUUCUACUAUCAGAUCAACGUCCAGAAUCAACCACUGCUGCUCACCCACCCCAUCUAUGAGCGCCACCCACAGCGCCUCACCUCAGUCAGCCUGGUGGUAGCACUGCUGCUGGACCUGGAGAGGCUGGCUGUGUGUCAGGGCUACCAGAGCUUCGAGGCAGGGUCGCGUCAGGGCCCGCUGCUGUGCGCCCGAGCUGCGCUGUGCCAACUGCUCAUCCCGCAGGACGAUGAGUGCUGUGAGAGGUGUCUGCUACCUGUUGAGGCCUGAGUGCUGAGCAGGAUUGGCGUAAGCUCGGGAACUUGGCAGAGGGUCCACAUAGCCAGGACCUGCUCAAAGCAGACUGCUGGUUUAUUGUUUUGUAAGUGCAGCAAGACUGCAUGAUUUGGCACAACUCUUAGCCUCUUACAUCUUUUUUUUUUUUUUUUUUAAAUUCCAGAGGAGUGUUGAAGUAUAAGCUAUGCCAAAACUCCAGGUAGCAAAGUUUUGCAGCAGUUCUCUCCAGCAGUGGUGGCUCCAGGGGGAUAGAUACUACUCAUCUCGCUGUAGUCGAGCUUGCAAACCUUUAGAAAUAUUCCCUAGUGUGACUUAUGCUUCUUGGACGUUUGAGAGAUUUUUAUUUUUUUAUUUAUAAUUUAAAAAACGGAAAAAAAACCCCAAGGUGGAACAUGUCUUUCAAGCCGGUCACUUGUUAAGUGUUGCUUUUGUUAGAUAAGCCUGGAGCUGCUCCUGUUAUAAUGGUGCUUUCUUUGCCUGGUUGACCGAACUCUCUCUGUAGCAAUGCAUGUAUUUACAGGUCCUCCAAAUCUCCAUCAAGGCUAAUCCUGAAGCCUUUGAGGGGACCAUCGGUAAGUUCUUGUUUCCGUCCAACUGGCUGCUGGUUCUUUUGUUCUCUCUGAUUUGCUCUCAGAAAUGUGGAGAGAGAAAAGAAAGUUGUUGAAGUUAACUACCUCUGUGGUCUCUCGGACCAUCGUUCAGUUUCAGCCGUCACUGGUGUCCCAAAUCAAUCUGCUUUGCUUUUAUCAUUGCUGCAUAUCAGCUCCUAUUUAAUUGAGAUUUCAAAGUAGCAGGUUCUCAAUAUUUGAUUUGGUGCAAGUAAGGCUUUAUUAGAAUAGUAAGAUUAUAGAUCUAUUGUAGAGUUUUUGGGGGUGCUGCUGUCCACAGCUACUACUGUUAAGCCUCAGAAUAAUGAAAAUAAAACAUCGAAAUAAUGCAGAAUGUGGAACUUAUGUAUAAUUCAGUUCUAGCAACUCUACAGUUACAAUCAAACAAUAGCAGUUUAAUCUUUCAACCUCAAGUUAUAUAGUAUUGAUGCACAGGUUGUUCUUUUGUUUUAAUUUGCACAUUGCAGUACAGAGCUAUUUGAUACAGGUGCCAUAAAUCACAGAACCAUAAAAUGUGCUGUUUCCCAAAUAACCUUAUGUAAUUAUAAUAGCCUUAAGUAAUUAUACAGAAUAGCAUUUAUCAAGUGGGAACGUUGUUACGUUGAAUAAAGCUUCUUAUUAGCACA